AUGAUCACGUUGGUACUGUUUGUGAUUGAUAGUACUAAUUAUGGUGAUAAUAGGGAUGAUCAUGAUGAUAACGGCGAUGAUCAUGAUGAUGGUUACGAUCAUGAUGCUGUUGGAUAUGAUCAUGAUCUUGAUAGUAAUGAUCAUGUUGAUGUUAAUGAUGUUGGUGGUUAUGAUCAUCAUGCUGAUAGUGAUCAUGAUGAUGGUAACGAUCAUGAUGAUGGUAACGAUCAUGAUAAUGAACAUGUUGGUAUUGAUUAUGAUGGUACUAAUUAUAGUAUUGGAAAUGAUCAUGAUGGUAGUGAUCAUAAUAUUGACAAUGAUCAUGAAACUGAUAGCGAUCACGAUGAUGCUAAUAAUUAUGAAUAUGGCAAUGAUCAUGGCGAUGACAAUGAUCAUCAUGAUGGUAAUGAUCAUGAUAGCAAUAAUCAUGAUGAUAACAAUGAUCAUGAUAGCAAAGCAAUGAUCAUGAUGGUAAUGUUCAUGAUCUUAUGGUAA